GAAAAAAGGAAAAGAGGAGGUGGCAGGCGUCAGAAGUGAGCCAAUGGAGAGCCGUGAAGACAUCCGCAAGUAUCUCGAUGCACAAGCAAACACUGCCAACACGCCCCUCAGCAGCCGUGCAUUUGCCGAGCACAUGGACGCAAUCGACCCCAUUCGCGACGGGCGCACGCAGUUCUUUGUGCCAAGCAUGAAAGAUCUCGGCGUGCGCGACACUGACAGUGGUGAUGCAGAUGGUGAGUGCGUGUACCUCUGCGGCAACUCGCUCGGCCUGCAGCCGAGGGCUGCUCGGGCUCUGGUGAAUGAGGAGCUCGACAAAUGGUCGAAGAAAGGCGUCAACGGGUAAGGAAAAGGCAGUCAGGUCACAGAAUUCACUGCAGUGUGUGUUGUGGUGAUGCCGAUGCUUGCUUACAGGCAUUUUGAGGGCGAGCGUCCGUGGGUGUCGAUUGACGACAAUGUGACGCCGCUCGUCGCCGAGAUUGUGGGUGCGCUGCCGCAUGAGGUGGCUGUCAUGAACAGGUGGGUAGUGGGUGGGUGACGGCAGGCGCCAUCCAUCGAUCAUCAUCUUCUUCUCCUCUGUGUUGUUGUGGUUUGUGUGGUCAGCUUGACGGUCAACCUUCAGCUGAUCAUGACGACCUUCUACGAGCCGACGCAGGAGAGGCACAAGGUGCUCAUGGAGGCGCAGGUGAGUGAGCUGUUCUGUCCGUCCGCAUCUCUCUCUCCCCCUUACCCAAUCUCACCCGUGUGACCCAUUCAGGCAUUCGGGUCAGACUGGCACGCUGUCGCCUCUCAUGUACUCAUACGCGAGCACAUCGACGUCCAUCCAUCCAUCCAUCCAUCCAUGUGUUCCCUUGCACAGGUGGAGCUCAACGGCUACGAUCCACACGAGUCCAUCAUGUCGCCCGAGAUGGACAAGGACGGCCUGCACACCACGGCGGCGUGGCUGUCGCUGCUCGACAGGGAGGGCGAGAGCAUCUCUGUGGUGCUCAUCGGGGCGGUGCAGUACCUCACCGGCCAGUUUUUCGACGACAUUCCAACCAUCACUCAGAAGGCGCAUGAAAAGGGGUGAGGGAGUGGUGGAUGCGACGUCUUUUUAUCGGGCUCAUUCUCUCUCUCUCUCUCUCUGUGUGUGUGUGUGUGUGCGUGUGUGUGUGUGUGUGUGUGUCUGUGUGUGUGUGUGUGUGUGUGUGUGGCUUGUGUGCAGCGUCCGGGUGUUGCUGGACUGUGCGCAUGCCGUGGGCAAUGUGCCGCUGUGUCUGCACGACUGGCAGGUCGACGCGGCCAUCUGGUGCCAUUACAAGUACUGCAACGCUGGUACUACUACACACCUGUCAAACACACUCACACACACACAGCCAACACACACAGAAAGCCAACACACACAUGGCCCAUCCCUUUUGUGGAAUGCAAAGGUCCUGGUGCGAUUGGCGGCUACUUCAUCCACGAGAAGCACACCAACUCAGACACGGUGGCUGCUGCUUCUUUUGUCAACGGCCACCAGCGCAACAAAGGCGACAGCAAGAUCUUCCAGCCGAGACGACUUGCAGGUGAGGUGCGCCAAGAGAGGUGUGUGUGGUGGACGUCAUGUGUGUGUGUGUGUGCGCGUGUGGUUGUGGGUGCGUAAAGGUUGGUGGGGCGCCGAUCUGUCAACGCGCUUCUCGAUGAGACACGAGUUCAUCUCAGCGACCGGUGCGGCCGGUUUCCGGCUGUCCAACCCUCCCGUCCUCGAGACUGUGGCGCUGCUCGCGAGCCUCCGCAUUCACACACAAUACGGAAUGCAGGUGAGCGAGAGAGAGAGAGAGAGAGAGACAUAUGGAUGCGAUGCCUGCCAUGGGUGUGUGGUGGUUGGUCGAUUCGGUCAGGCUCUGCGUGGCAAGUCUCUGUUGCUGACGGGGUACCUCGAGCACCUGCUCGAGACGAUGCUCCAAGUAGAUAACAGCCGCACAGCACACCGACCCACGCUCUCAGCUCAUGGACAGGACAGCCAUUGAUCUGUGUGUGUGUGUGUGUGUGUCAGUCGCACGUACACAUCCUGACGCCGCGUGAGCCCAAUCGCCGUGGCUGCCAGCUGUCAUUGGCCUUCCCAUCACUGCCGCCGUCAACGCCUUUUGAACGGCUCUUCAAGACACUCGCUGACAAGGGUACACCCACACUACACACCACACACCCUUCAAACCUAUGGAUUGUGUGUGUGUGUGUGUGGUUAGGUGUGGUGGUGGACCAUCGUGAGCCGAAUGUGAUCCGGGUGGCGCCCACGCCACUGUACAACUCGUUCGCUGACGUGUGGAGGUUUGUCGAUAUUCUCGCGCAGGCGUUGGGGGUGCAGUGCGAGCAGUGAGUGAGUGAGUGAG